GCCAGUUAAAUCAACCGGGAUCGAAAUUCCCACACGAUCGGUACGAUCUAUCAGUCUUGAAGAAUCAUACGAACUUGCGGGCAAAAAUAAACUGUCAUAAAUUAGGCACCCAAAUCUAGGAAUCCUUAUCAUGUUCCUGGGGGGCAUAUAAAAGGCAAAGGCGGCCAAGUCAGUGGCCAAAGCACCUGCACCUGUUGAAUAAAAAAUGUGGUUAGUUAAAUUAAUUGCGGCUUUAUUGAGUCUCCGCCUGGCAGUUGCCCUGCCCGCUGAUGCGGGGCGAGCCAGUUCUGUGACCACUGUUUCCAUCGUCAAAGGACAUGGCUAUGAGCUCGAGGAGCACGAGGUUCAAACCUCGGAUGGAUACAUCCUGACCAUGCAUCGCAUUCCGUACUCCAAGAACACUGGUAACGAUGGCCAGCGCCCUGUCGUUUUCCUUAUGCACGGACUGCUGUGCUCCUCGUCUGAUUGGGUCCUUGGUGGUCCCCACAGCGGACUGGCCUACCUGUUGUCCGAAGAGGGAUACGAUGUGUGGAUGGGUAAUGCCAGGGGCAACACCUACUCCAAGAAGCACGCCACCAAAUCGCCGCUUCUGCAGCCCUUCUGGAACUUCGAGUGGCACGACAUUGGAAUCUACGAUCUGCCCGCCAUGAUGGACUACGUUCUCUACCGCACUGGAGUAGAUCAACUGUCGUACGUCGGUCACUCCCAGGGAACCACCUCCUUCUUCGUUCUGAACUCGAUGAUCCCGCGCUUCAAGAGCCGCAUUAGGUCUGCCCAUUUGUUGGCUCCUGUGGCCUGGAUGGAGCACAUGGAGAGUCCUUUGGCCACCGUUGGCGGCCCGCUUCUGGGUCAGCCCAAUGCCUUCGUGGAGCUCUUCGGCAGCGCCGAGUUCCUGCCCAAUACGCAGCUAAUGAACCUGUUCGGAGCCCUUGUCUGCAAAGACGAGGCCAUUUCCCAGUUCGUGUGCACCAACACACUGUUCCUCCUGGGCGGCUGGAACUCGCCGUACAUUAACGAAACCAUGAUUCCGGAAAUUAUGGCCACAACACCGGCUGGCUGUUCGGUCAAUCAGAUCUUCCACUACCUGCAGGAGUAUAAUUCCGGCUACUUCCGGCAGUUCGACUACGGAAAGACGCGCAACAAGAAGGAGUACGGCAGCAAGACCCCGCCGGAGUACGACGUGGCGGGCAUCGAGGUGCCCACUUAUUUGUACUACAGUGACAACGACUACUUCGCCAGUCUGAUUGACGUUGAUCGCCUACGAUACGUCAUGAACCCGAGUGCCCUGCGAAGUGCAUACCGCCUGCCGGAGGAAAAGUGGAACCACAUCGACUUCCUGUGGGGCCUGAACGUGAAGGAGAUUCUUUAUGAUCGGGUCAUCGAUGACAUAAAUAAUGCAUAAUGUGCGCAAAUAAAGCGACACUCCAUUGUGAUAGGAAAAGUUCCACUGGUCACUACUUAAUCGGGGGCUCAGGUAGCUAAUGAGCCGAUAAUAUACAAGUGGCCAUAAAUUCAAAUUGAACUGCUGACACUUCACCGUGACUUAGCUACGCAAAUAGACUUUCCCUCAAUUCACAUUUCUGCGCUGUACCUGCAACCUUUAUUUAUAGAUUUAUUUUAAGAAAAAAAUAUAAUAAAUAAUUAUCGAAGCCAAA